GCAGAACGUCGAGAGAUGUCUUCUGGUCCGGUCUUUCCUAUAGCCCCAAUGGCGGGGUGUCCGCCAGUUAAGUCUCCGAAGUCCCGCGCCGUUGGUGGUUGUUCACACAGCUAUCAUCACGGUCCCACGCUUUAUAGCGUUUCCUGUCGAUUUGAGCGAUAUAUCUUCAUUUCUUGUGAGGGUGUUUGGGUUGCGUGGGGAGGUUGAGACGGUAGUCUCGGAGUGAUAGUAGGCCAAUACGAUUGGCAGAGCAAGUUCAGGAGGUGAAGCAAGAAGCUAGAGAUAGACAUAGAAGAAUAUAGAAGGAACCCAACCAAGAUAUACCCAGAAACCAUAAUCCACGAUGUCGAUCACCCAACUAUCCACGGAGAUCUUGCAGAAGAUCUACGAAUACGCUACUGUUCAAGAUGUCCUCCAUCUCGCACAGACUUCCAAGAGGAAUUACAGGGCUUUCUUAGGCCGGCGGAUGCCCAUAUUGGAGACGGCCAUGUACAAUUCAUACAGCCCACUCCCGGAAUUGGUGAAGCUGGUCAUAGCCAACGAGCCCGAUAAGAGCCGCAAGCUUCUUAGCACAGAGAUCCGCCGUAACGCUACCGUCAACCGCAUCAUUGAGACGCGCGAGUUGCCACGGAUGACGAUCGAACUGAUCAUCAAGAUGGUACAGUAUGGCAAGGUCGCAGAUAGAUGGACGGAGGUCUACCCCCGGAUCCGGUGGCGCCAGAACUCCAACAACCGGCGUCUCCUCCGGCCGCACGAACAAGAGCGCCUCCGCGGGGCGAUCUAUCGGUACUGGACAUACAACAGCAUGUUCCACGACCAAGUGUUCCUCCAAUACGACCCUGAUCUCCCGCGCAGUCGUGACGAUCCGCGGCUCCGGCUCCUCCGCACGUACAGCACGAUCCAGCUCAUCCAACUGACCGAAUUCCUCGACAAGAUGCAACAAAUCAUCCAAGUCGAUCUCUACCCCUCAAACGCCAUGAUUCGCUCCCAGUACUCCCAACCCGUGCCCCCAAAGACGCUCGCGAACAUGGGCUGGGGCGAAGGCGAGCAACACAAGCGGCUCGUCCUGGACCUCAUGAAAUACUCCCCCUCAGACCUCCUCCACCUCUUCGAAAACACCACCACCAAAUCCCAGCGCCUCGACCAUCUCUUAGUACAAGGGCAGCACUUUCUCGAUGCCCCCGCUACCCUGCGCGAUUCUAUCGCUAUCGUUAAUUUUCAGCGCCAGAACGGCGUCGAUAUAGAUACUAAUAUCUUUGAUGAGGAUAUUGAGUGGGGCGUUAUCGAUCCGCCCGAUGAUAACGGCGGCGGUGACUGGGGGGUGCACGCGCGCUGGGCGCAUGAUGCGAGUGUGACGGGGUCGUGGGAUGAGGUUGAGGCGGAGAGGAUGGGGAGAUUACCGGUGGGCGGCUUGGAUAUGGAUACUGAGGAGGAGUUUGAGGAGGAUGUGGAUGAGGAUGCUUGA